CUUGCCUACGUCAUCACGCAAAGGAGUGCACUUCCUGUUCACGGCAUUGGGUGGGUUGUGUAGAUGAUUUACUCAUAACGUUCAAGGAAUGCUUUUCUCACCUUCGAGACGAUACUGGACAAGUGCUAUUCGUUUGGCGAUAACUCUGUUUGGACUCCCGUUGACCGCCUCCACCUCUGGAGCAAGACCUGCGGUUCUUUGCUCAUCCCAUCAUCUUUACAGAACCAGUAAACAUAUUAAACCUAUUUGUGGGGACUAUUACACCAGCAGUAUCGGGACCAUGCCCUCCCCAGCAGGUCCUCAUGUAAAAGCCAGAUGUCCACAGUAUCCAGAGUCCACCAUCAAGCGCUUCGCUGUACCUGACGACAAGGUGGACUGGAAUCAGAAAUGGCCCGAGUACAGCCCAGUCAACCACACUGCUCCAGUUGUUUUAAAGAAGCCAGUCUGGGCUGAUCCCGAUAUUGGUUCCUUCUCUCCAAAGUUCAAUGCUGUUGAUGGUGCUGUGGACAGGUCGAGCUUUGAGGGAAAAUACGAAGUGGAAAAUGGGAAGCCAUUAAACCCUCGUGGACGCACUGGUUUGACUGGACAAGGUUUGCUUGGACGAUGGGGACCCAAUCAUGCAGCUGACCCUGUUGUCACAAGAUGGAAGGUWGAUGCCAGCGGAGCAAAGAUUCAUCACUCGGCCUCCAAAAAGCCCAUCYUGCAGUUUGUGGCCAUCAAGAGGAGAGACUGUGGGGAGUGGGCCAUUCCAGGGGGGAUGGUGGAUCCAGGUGAACAGGUUUCCCUCACGCUGCAGCGGGAGUUCUCGGAGGAAGCCCUGAACUCGCUUUCAGUUAAGCAGUCGGAGAGGGAAGACAUCCACAAACGCAUCCAAAAACUGUUCGGGUCUACAGGGUUUCAGGUCUACAAAGGAUAUGUUGAUGAUCCAAGAAACACCGACAACGCCUGGAUGGAGACGGUCGCCGUCAACUUUCACGAUGAAGCGGGCGACAGUGUGAGCGAGCUGCCUCUGCAGGCUGGCGAUGACGCAGGACAUGUCCAGUGGGUGGACGUGGACUCGUCCUUCGGCCUCUACGCAAGCCACUCCCACUUCUUGGAGCUGGUUGCCAGAGAGCGGCAGGCCCACUGGUAAUCAGGAGACAAAAGGCUGCUCUGACGUUACGAUGAGGCAAAGCAGAGCCUGAAGAGCUCUCGUCCAUUCAGCACGCACGACCCCUAAUGGGAGCGUUUCCACUAAUUAUUUAAUGAUAUUCUGAACUAAUAACAGGAAACACAAAGUGAGUUUAAUCAGGUGGCAUGACAAAGCAAAAAAAAGAAAAACAAACAAACAAAAAGAAAAAAGAAGUAUUGUAACUAUGAGGUUUAUGUACAUCUAUGAUAAAGCCAUGGUCAGAGAUUUGAAUGCUUUUUUGAUUCAUUUGAUCAAACGGCUCCACGGAGGGUUUAAAGUGUGACCUUUUAUGUUGCCAUAUUUAUUGAAUUCCCCCCAAAAAUUCUGCUUUGCRCCUUAUGUAGGUAUAGUCACCAUUUGAGCUCUUCCACGUCACUGUAAAGGGCAAGGGAAAGGAAGCAYGGUUUAGUAUUUAAAUAAACAAAAAUCUGACAA